AUGAAGGAUGAAAUUGCUACAGCAGUUUUCUUUGUUACAAGAUUAGCAAAAAAACAUGAUAAAUUGAAUAAACAGCAAAUAGAAGACUUUGCAGAAAAACUGACAGCAGUCUUGUUUGAAACCUACAGAAGUCACUGGCACUCUGAUUGCCCUUCUAAAGGUCAGGCCUUCAGGUGUAUCAGGAUAAACAAUAAUCUCAAUACAGAUCCUAUUUUAGAAAAGGCUUGUGCUGGAAGUAAUGUGGAUUUUUCUCACCUCGGACUUCCAAAGGAGAUGACUAUAUGGGUAGAUCCCUUUGAAGUGUGCUGUAGGUAUGGCGAGAAAAACCAUCCAUUUACAAUAGCUUCCUUUAAAGACAGAUGGGAGGAAUGGAAACUGUCCCAACAAAUCAGUUAUGCUGUUAACAGAGCUACAUUGGAGUCCUCUGGAGCUUCCUCUGAUGAAGAAAGUUGUAACCAGAAGCCUCAGAUAAUUCCUAAAGUCAGUAAUCCAAAAAGUAUUUAUCAGGUUGAAAAUUUGAAACAGUCCUUUCAACCUUGGUUCCAAAUCCCCCGCAAAAGGAAUAUGGCAGAUGCCCGUAUGGGCCUCCUAGGAAAUGCUUACCCUGUGUUCCAUAAGAACUCUAAGCGUCAUAGAACUGCUGCUCUUCACAGGUUGGACAGGUACCACUGGGUCAACACCAAGCAGUAA